CUCUCCCGUUACGCAGAACACAGUAAAACACUGAGGCUCAAACUCAUCUCACCAUUGAAGAGACCAAGAUACUCCAGGCUCUCAAGGGUUUAUCUGAGUUUCCUUGUUUAAUCCAUAAAUGGAGGCAAUUGAUGAAAACACUAAUAACAGUAUCAAAGUUUCUGCUCGGAAUCAAGUAAUAAUCCCAACUUCAUCCUCCACUACCACCUCCCCAUCGCGUAACCCUAGAACCCGGUUUUCUACAUACUAUGACGUGCCGGAUAUUUCCCCGACUGCUCGAAUAAUUUGUAAAACCCUAGUUCACGCCUCGCCAGACGACAUUGAAUCCGCGCUCUCCGGCAUGGAAAUUGUCGCCACUCAUGAGCUUGUCAAUGAAGUUUUGAAGCUCUCCUACAAUUCACCUUCCUCUGCUGUUAAUUUUUUUAGGUGGGCAGGACGAGGCCAGAAGCUUUUGCCAUUUGCGUGGAAUCUGAUGGUUGAUAUUCUGGGGAAGAAUGAGAUGUUUGAACAAAUGUGGGAUGCAAUUCGAUCGAUGAAGCAAGAAGGUAUUUUGUCAUUGGCAACAUUUGCUUCGGUUUUUGAUAGCUAUUGUGGAGCUUGUAGAUACAAUGAAGCUUUUAUGAGUUUUGAUGUUAUGAGCAUGUAUGGUGUUGAACAAGAUGUUGUCGCAGUCAAUUCCAUUUUAAGUGUGUUUUGCCGAGAAGGCAAACAGAUGAUGAAAGCAUUGGAAUUUCUUGGUAAAGUUAAAGACAGUGUUCCUCUUGAUGUGGAUUCUUUUGCAAUUUUGUUGGAAGGAUGGGAUAAAGAAGGCAAUGUGGUGGAGGCCAAGAAGACUUUUGGUGAUAUGGUGGCACAAUUUGGGUGGAGUCUGCAGCACAUUUCUUCAUAUGAAACUUUCUUGACUAUGCUUGUUCGUGGGGGGCAGACGGUUGAGGCCCUGAAGUUUCUUCGGGUUAUGAUAGAGAAAAAUUGCUUGCCAGGUUUUAAAUUUUUCUCUAAUGCUCUUGAAAUUCUUGUUAAGCAAAAUGAUUCUGCCAAUGCUGUCAUGCUAUGGGAUAUAAUGGUAGGCAUUGACUUGAUGCCCAAUUUGAUUAUGUAUAAUGCAUUGAUUGGAUUACUCUGCAACAACAAUGACAUAGAUAAGGCUUUUCAAUUUCUUGAUGAGAUGGUGUUUCAUGGAGCCUUUCCAGAUUCUUUGACGUAUAACAUGAUUUUUAAAUGUUUGAUAAAAAACAAGAGAGUUCAUGAGGUGGGAAAUUUUUUCUGUGAAAUGAUCAAGAAUGAGUGGCCACCAACACAUUUAAAUUGUGCUGCAGCCAUCUCCAUGUUGUUUGACUGUGAUGAACCUGAAACAGCAAUAGAGAUAUGGAACUAUAUGGUAGAUAAUGGUAUCUUGCCUCUUGAAGAGAGUGCCAAUGCCUUGCUUAUUGGGCUUCGUAAUUUGCGUAGGUUGUCUGAGGUUAGGAGAUUUGCAGAAGAUAUGCUUGAUAGAAGAAUUGUUGUAUAUGAAGUUACGAUGCAGAAGUUGAAGAAUGCUUUCUAUAAGGAGAAUAGAAGUAUGAGGGAUAAGUAUGAUAGCCUUGCAAGGAAAUGGAAAACAGUUCGUAUAUGAUCGGUGUAAGUAUCUUGUUGUGUAGUCUUAACUUUUUUACUCAUGGUACUCUUGAGAAGAAUAUAUUGUAGAUUUCUGGCAGUUAGUAAAUGAAGAUACUUUCAAGUACAACAAGGUUUUUUUGCUUCCAUUGCCCUAUUUUAUUCCAUCAGUAAUAUGGGUUGCCUUUUAGCUACUCAAAUCUAGAAGCCCAGCUUCUGCUCUCUCUCUCUCUCUCU